AUGAAAGUUAUAUUUAAUAUAAUAUUAAUAUUACUACUUAAGAUUUUCUGGAACCAACUAAACUCAUUUAAAUCGGACCAUGGCAAGUUUAGAAUAUUUGAAAAUAGAUCUAAGCUAUUAUAUGGUUUAAAAUAUUCGUCAAAUUACUAUAAAGAGGCGAAAUUAUUAGGUAUUUCAUUCAACCAAAUAUCAGAAAACUCCAAAAGUUCGUCUUUCAGUAGUUUGAGCUCAACUUUCAGUUUGGAAAGUUACAAAACUUGCUGUUCAGAAUUAGAAUUAGAAAGUGUUCAUAUAAGUCUCCCAGAAGGUAAAUGUGAAUUUCCCCCUGAAGAAUUAAUUCGAAUGAUUGAAGAAGAUUCUGAAUCAAUAACAAAGGCAUCCACGAGUACAAUUGGAUCUGCCUUGGAUUUCAUGCUUGAAAUUAUUAAGGAAAUACUCGAAGAUUAUGAAACUAGUAAAUCAAAAUUAGAAGAAAAACUGUCAAAAUACAUCCAGAAAAAAAAUAUCAGGAAAAUUAGAGCAACUGAUAAGAAGCUUGAAGAAUUAAUUCAAGCAACAAGAAAUGUUUUAUUAUACUACGACAGACAUGCUCUUAGACUGUUCAGGCACACUUAUAAAGGUAAAUGUAUACAAUUUAAAUUAGUAUCAAGUCAAAUUUAUAAAGACAAAAAUGCCGAGAAAAUCAAAUAUUUACAAGCAAAAAUUGCAUUACUAUCUGAAUUAGUGUCUUUUUUGAGUUCUUCCUUGACAUAUUAUUUAUGUGAUCAUGCGAUUUUUGGGCAACUUUUUUUAUGUGAAUUCAUCAAUAAACAACUGACUAAAGUAAAAAUUUAUCAAAUCGAAGUAAUGAAAGAAUACAAAGAAGCAAUUGGUUACGACUUUGGAACAGAUGAGUCUUUUGGUGAAGAUAAUCAAGUUAGAGAAAGAGGCAGAAGCAAAGGUAGAUGCACAAGCAGGAGGAGAGGAAAAAGCAAAGGCAAGGGUAAAGAUAAAGGCAAGGGUAAAGGUAAAGGCAAAGACAAAGGCAAAGAUGGUGAUAUAGAAAGAGAUAGUGACACAGAAAGAGAUAGUGAUAUAGAAAGAGAUAGUGAUAUAGAAAGAGAUAGUGACACAGAAAGAGAUAUUGGCAGAAGUAGUGAUAAAAAAAGUCGGAGAAGUUUACUUUCCAGGGCUUCUUCUAAAGUUACAAGAUUAUUUAGUACUAAGAAACAAAGUUAA